AUGAUUAAAGGGACAAAUGCUUCACAGAGAAAAAAUUCUAUUAGCAACGAAUUAUUGCUGGAAAUUAAGAAAAUGGAGAAAGGGCUAAAAAAGCGAAAUGAGGAAUACGAGGAACUAAACAAUAACUAUAGGGAAAUUUAUGAUUCCUACAUUAUGAGUAAAACGAGCUUGGAUGAGGCAACAAAUAACUACGAAGGAGAAAUGCUCAAACUAGAAAGUGUGAUAAAGGAAAAGGAAAAUGAAUACACAGAAUUACAGGAAAAUUUUCAGGAAUUAUUGGACGUGAAAUGUAAAUUAGAAACCGACGUUGACAGUUAUGAAAAGGUCAUUUUCGAAAUGGAGGAAAAUUGCAAUUCCUUAAAGGAAUCGCACAAGGAAGAAUUAAAAGAAAUUCAAGAAGAAAUGUCCAACCUUUAUUCACAAAUUGAUGAAUUGAAUCAACAGAUAGAUUAUAUGAAGGAAGAGUGUAAGGAGUUGCAUCGGAUUAAUGAGGAAAAAGUAACCAUCAUUGAUGAUCUCAAUAGAGAAAUUCAAAACUUAAAAGAAGAGAAAAAAAUCCAUGGAAUCGAUAUGGAAUUAAUUAAAUCACAACAAAACAGAAUAAAAGUGGAAAUGAGGCAAUUGAAUAAGGAAAAGGAAGAAUUUGCACAGGAAAAAGAAAAUUUUGUGCGAGAGAAGGAAGAAUUGGAUAAAGAAAUAGAAAAAGUGGGAAGAGAAAAAGAACAAAUUAAGAUAUACAAAGAACAGUUACAAAAGGAAGGAGAGCUAAUACAAAAAGAUAAAGAAAAAGUUGAAAAGGAAAAGUAUCGACAGGAGAAUAACAUGAAAAGUAUAAUAGAAAAAUGUACUCAGUUACAGAAAGAGCUUGACGAUCUUGCUUCGGGCAAUGUGACAAAGGAAUCUUCUUUGAUAGAAAAAGAACAAAUAAUUCAUACGCUGGAGAAGGAGAGUACCUCAUGCAAGAACAAGAUCACUAGCUUGAACCAAAGGAUUCAAGAACUGAAGAAGGAACUAUCCUACGAAAAAAAAAGGAACAUCCAAUUGCAAGAAGAUGCAGAAAAUAAAAACAUUGAUGUCCUUAAGAGGGAUUCAAUUAUACAGGUUUUGUAUAUCAAGUUGAAAGAGAAAGAAAGCGAACUAGUUUUGUUUCAGAAUGAAAACAUAUCCUUGAAUAAUCGUAAGAAAAAGGUGGAACAAAUUUUGGACAUAAGGAAAAAUGAAAUGGAUAAUAUCGAAAGCAAUUUAUAUCAAAAGCUAGCCAAAUUAAUUGUUAAAAACAAAAUCAGGGAUAGAGAUGAUUUACACUUUGAUGGACACCCUCAGUCAUUCCUAUUAAAAACGCUAUGGUCCGGAUACAUCGACAUAUGCAAAAACAUACUGAAGAUAAGGGAUGGUUAUUUAUACAGUGGAAACAAAAAUCAUCGUUUCAUAUGUGCUUAUGGCACAGAUUUGUUCUUGGACGUGAAGAAGGAAGGCCCAAAGACAUACUUACUAUCCUACAAGAAUGAAACGAGAGGAAUUUUCAGAAUAAAUGAAGAAGAGGUGAUGAAGAGCUUGGUGUACGUCGGUCCAUUUAACAAAUGUCAUGGGCAAGGUCUGACAUGUUGCAAUAAUAAAAUGAAUGUAGAAAUGACAAAAGGACAAAGUUGCAAUUACAUAUUUGAAGAAAUGUAUGUUACGAAGAAAGGAACGAAGGUAGUUCUUAUAAGAGAAAAAGAAACAGGGAAAUAUUUUAGUGGGUUAAAUAAAAAUUACUUUUUUGAUAUAGGAAGGAAGAAAAAAAAAAAAAGUGGUGUCAACAAGAUGGAAUACAAUAAUGUCGUAAGCACAUUAAUUAAUUACAUGACUAAUGAAGAAAAAAAAUUAGAGAUGAGUGAUAUAAUUCUCAAAACAUCUAACCAGAAGUUAAAGAUCGAAAAUGAAAAAAAUGAAUCAAAGGGGGGAAAAUUAAAUAAAUGUAAAAAGAAAAAAACACACCUUGUGAAAAAACAACUGGGCGAUUUUAAUGAAAAAAAAAAAAAAAAUCAAAAUCAAACUAAAAUAAUUCGAAAAACUGAAAGGGACAAAUCAACAGUUAAGUCAACAUCUUCUGCUACCCAUGUCCAACAAGGUAAUAGAGAUGAAAUCAAGAAGGAGCAAUACAUGAAUGAAGAAAAUUUGCAUAAGUAUAAUAUACCCAAAGAUUUGCUGUUGCCUUCUAGUAGCAGUGGCAAUGGAUGUGAUGAUAUGGAUGGAAAUAGUGACAUGGACGAAAGUAGUGAUAUGGACGAAAGUAGUGACAUGGACGAAAGUAGUGACAUGGAUGGAAAUAGUGAUAUGGACGAAAGUGGUGAUAAUGGACGUAUCAACAGCAGGGAGAGGGAUGAUCGAAUACCAAAUUUGAACUUAAAAAAGGAACUCCCAAAUGAGGGAAAGGAGGAUGCCGAUUUGAAUUGUGAUACAAAUGAAAAGCUUGCCUUAAAGAAUAAAAUCAUAUUACCAUCAAUGGAUGAAAAAAAUGAUGAAUCUACCAUUUCUUUUUUAAAACAUUCGAGUGCUGAUAGGGAUGGCAGUUAUGGGAGUGGCCAUGAGGGAGAUGCUGCCACUUCCCUUGCCACUGUCUCUUCUCCUGCCAAUUUCAACAAUACCAACAUUGUGCUGACAGUAAACAAGGAAGAAGCAAUUUUAUUUGAAAUUUUUAAUUAUGAGCAGAUUGUUGAACAUGACGCUGUGAAGUUUGCCUCAGAAUAUGUUUUGCAUUUCCUUUCACAUUGGAAAAAGGGAAAUACUUGUUCAUUUUCACAUGAUGAUGCAUCCUCUACAACCAUGUGUAGCGAACACAAUUCUAACGUUUUUACUUCAUUUGAUGGGGAUUGGUGCAUCCUUCCUGCGUACAUUUAG